AUGUCUGAGAAUUUCGAUGUCAAGACAGAAGUUCGACAAGGAUGCUUGCUGUCAUCACCAUUUCUUUUUCUCUUGGUCAUUGAUUGGAUCAUGAGGACUACCACGUCAGGUAGGAACCAUGGUAUACAGAGGACACUCCUGACGCAAUUCGACGAUAUUGAUUUUGCCGAUGACUUUGUUCUCCUUUCACACAACCACAGUCAGAUGCAGGAUAAAACAACUCGCCUUGCAACAACAUCGACAGGAACGGGACUCAAAAUCAACUCGAAGAAAACAAAAUUGAUGAAGAUAAAUACCACUAUCCAAACACCAGUCAGUUGGUUCCGAGCCCAUCGAAGAAGAUGA